AUGAGGUUGAUGCUGCUGUGCUGCACCUGGAAGGACGAACGCAUGGGAGAGGAGGAAGCUGGGGGAAGUUUGCCCGUCUGUGCGGGAUGCAAACAGAGGAUCUAUGAUGAACAGUACCUCCAGGCCCUCAACACCGACUGGCACACCGUCUGCUUCAGGUGUUGUGAGUGCAGUGCCUCACUGUCCCACUGGUACUAUGAGAAAGAUGGACUACUCUUCUGUAAGAAGGACUACUGGGCCAAAUUUGGGGAGCUGUGCCACGGCUGCAACGACCCGAUCACCACUGGCCUCAUCAUGGUUGCAGGAGAACAGAAAUAUCACCCGGAAUGCUUCACCUGUCUGAACUGCAGGUCAUUCAUUGGUGAUGGAGAUACAUACGCUCUGGUGGAGAGAUCCAAACUCUACUGUGGUCACUGUUACUACCAGACCAUCGUCACCCCGGUGUCGCUGCCAGACUCACCAUGUUCACGGAUCCCCCACACGGUCACACUCGUGUCCAUCCCAGCAUCUGCCGAGGGCAACAACGGACGCAGGGGGCGUGGUUUCUCUGUGGCCAUCGACCAGCCACUCAGUCCCACCAACGGCUACAGUCCUGAACACGGACACACUGUCCGAGUGUCUCAGGUGGAUGUUGACUGCAUCAGCCCAGAUGUAAAAAACUCCAUUCAUGUUGGAGAUCGGAUCCUGGAAAUCAAUGGGACGCCCAUUCACAAUGUCCCUCUGGAUGAGAUCGACUUGCUGAUCCAGGAGACGAGCCGGCUGCUUCAGCUCACCAUUGAACACGACCCUCACAGUCAGCAGCGAGAUGGGGGUUCUCCAGUGGCCGAAGAGCAGGUGGACGGGCCCCUGUCCAGCCCUCUGUCAGAGGGCCCCAGCCCCAUCCUGCCCAUCACCCAGCCCCCAAACCCCAACAUCAGCAACCUCAGGUCCCGCAUCAUCUCGCGGAGCUAUAGCAUCGACAAGUCACCAGGCUCCAGCAAUGCAGCUUCUCCCAUCUCACAGAGGAAGGAUAUCAAUCGUUCAGAGUCACUCCGCGUCGUCUCAAAUCGUACACAUCGUAUCUUCCGCCCAUCUGACCUCAUCCACGGAGAGGUGCUGGGGAAGGGCUGCUUCGGACAGGCUAUCAAGGUAACACACAGGGAGACAGGGGAGGUGAUGGUCAUGAAGGAGUUGAUCCGAUUCGACGAUGAAACACAGAGAACAUUCCUGAAAGAGGUGAAGGUCAUGAGAUGCCUGGAUCACCCCAACGUGCUCAGGUUCAUCGGUGUCCUCUACAAGGACAAGAGACUCAACUUCAUUGCAGAGUACAUAAAGGGAGGCACACUGAGGGACAUCAUCAAAAAAAUGGACAGCAACUAUCCCUGGAACCAACGGGUCAGUUUUGCCAAAGACAUAGCUGCUGGCAUGACCUACUUGCAUUCCAUGAACAUAAUUCAUCGGGACCUAAACUCACACAACUGCCUCGUCCGUGAGAACAAUACAGUUGUUGUAGCAGACUUCGGGCUGGCACGACUCAUGGUAGAUGACAAGCACGAGGAGAAGCUGUCACAGGGUAAACUGCCCGGCCUGAAGAAGCCCGACCGCAGGAAGAGGUACACUGUGGUUGGAAACCCAUACUGGAUGGCUCCGGAAAUGAUUCAUGGGAAGAGCUACGACGAAAGAGUAGACAUCUUUUCCUUCGGUAUCAUGUUGUGUGAGAUCAUUGGCCGGGUGAAUGCAGAUCCUGACUACCUGCCACGGGCGGUGGACUUCGGGCUGAAUGUGUCCGGGUUCCUUGAGCAUUACUGGCCCCCCAAUUGUCCCCCAGCUUUCUUUCCCAUGGCUGCUGUUUGCUGUGACCUCGAUGCAGACAAACGCCCUGCUUUUUCCAAACUGGAAGAGUGGCUGGAGAACCUGAAGAUGCACUUGGACAUCGGUCUGCCCCUGGUGUCUGAACUGGACCAGAUGCACAAGGCCUUCUGGGAGAACCACAACAUCACACGGUCUGAAAAUGGCCUGCACACCCACCCUGAGCAGCCUGAGUAGGAGGGGACAGGAGGGAUGCGAAAUUAAAGUUAACCCCACAUCGGUGGAACGCAAAAGCAUUGUCUGUGGUCAUCUGUGGCGGCCGCCUGUGUUGUUGCUGCUGCAGUGGCUGGAGUUGCUUUGUUAAAGGGGGGAGUUGAGACUCCUCCAUGAUUGAAGCAGAUGCUGUUGGUGUAGGCUGGCUCAGGCUUCAUGAUUAGACUCAGGGGGAAAACAUGGAUCUUAAAAGCCACCUGUGCGAGAUGCACACACAUUCUAAGUCAAAUCCAGAGACAUUCGCUACGAUAGCUUGAUUCUGCUGCAUCCGAAGCUAAAGUGGAACAUGUCAUAUGCAAUCAGACCCAAAUUUCAAAUCAUGACCCAGCUCUUGAAUCAUGUAGAGUUAGUAUUUUUCCAUCACUCAAUCCAUUCAAGAAUCUUUACUGUAAUACUGUAAUGUAAAUAUUCAUGUGGAUACAGCAGUCCAGAAAACAAAACAUAGAGCAAGUGUACAGUCUUCUCACUUAAGGCUUCUUCAAGGUACAUUGUGCAGUAUGUGUUCCUGUGUGUGAGUUUGCUUUGGGUUGAUUUUGCGUUUGGUUUGGUUAUCAAAUCUGAACUGAUGAAAAAUGAAAAGCAGGGGGGCUCCUUUGACACCGAAGACACAAAGGUUUACAUAAACAGUCACUUGUAUGAGUCAUACAGACCCUUUCUAGCUUUGAAUAGCUCAUUGAAGAGUGCAUGGCUGUAAAUAACGCUGUCAGGUCCAAUCCUGGUCCAACAUGUACCUGUGACCUCUUUUGGUCGUCAUCUGUUAGACUGACGUGUCGGAGCGCUGCCUCUCGCCUUCUGUCCUUCUGUAGCACUGACUUAACUUUGAGGUACAAAUCUUUGGCCAUAAUUUGAUACAUUAUCUCCGAAUUUAAAGAGCUGUUAGUGCAUCUCAUUCAUACUGGUGGAGCAUCUCAUAUGUUCAGUCUCAAUGUACAUAGCCGGAGACAUUGUAAAUGUUUUAAAUAUUGUAAAUGUACAGACAUAUUUUAUAUACGUAUGCUACAUUGCCAUAUUUUUAUUGGCUGACCACUUCAAAUUAAGGAGAGUAAAAAUUCAGUUAAAAGGGCAGAGAUGAAAGUGUUAUUCUUUUUUUUUUUUUUUUUUCUUCAGUCACGGCACAUGUGACAUCUCUUACCCUCAUUUCAUGUUACAUUAUGUCAUUUCCUGCAUUUUUAAGUAUUUGUCUGAUCCUCUUGGCGUUUAAAUGUAGCCAUAGAUCUGUGCUGGGAAAAAAAAAUCAUAUUACUGAUCACAUAAAAUAGUUGGACGACGCUGCUGCCCUCUCAAACACCAGUCCAAACUUUAAUGUUCUUUAAGCGAUGAGAGUUUUGAGGGCAAUCAACCUUAAAUGAUUCUGUCGUCUCAUGUAUGUACUGUAGUUCAGGUUUCAGGUACUGCCUCAUUUAAUCCACAUUUCCGUCUCUCCUCCUGUGGAUGACCCACUGUUUGUUUACAUGUAAAUGCUAGCUGUAAAUAUCCCUGUACAUAUGUGUCUGUCCUAACACCUGUUCGUGUGCAUCGCAAAAAUAUCGCACUCCUCAGAAAUAACCCCCUUACACUGUCAGAUUUCUCUCUUGCACUUUCUAACAUAAUUUUUCCAUCUCUAACCUUGAAAAAGAAACUGCUUUUUAAAACUUCCAGCUGUUGUUUUCACGAGCUGCAUGACGUUCUAGCUAGGUCUGUUCAGCUUCUACACCGAGCUAUUUUUGUCUCUAAAUAUUGUGACUUUAAAUACAAAGAAAUGAAGGACAAAAAAAGGUCGACAGGCGUAAAAAGGAAAAAGGAGGAAAAAAAAA